AUGGCAAUCAGUAAAAAACCUGUACAUAAAGAAAUGAACAACAACAUGAGGAAAAAUAAAUCUGUGAUGAAAGAUGAUAAUGUUAAUAAAAAAAACAAAUUAAUCUUUGAUAAAACGAACAAAACUAUAUUCAUCGUUUUUUGUUCUUUACUAAUGGAUUUACUCGCAUUUACAAUGAUUUUACCACUUUUACCAUCUUUACUAGAUCAUUACAAGAUUAACGAUGAUCCAAACGGUUGUUACAAAUGGUUCGAAUCAAGCAUAAAAUAUUUUCAACAAGUUUUACAAGCUCCAGAAAGAUUCAAUUCUGUGCUCUUUGGCGGUUUUUUGGGUUCAAUGUUUUCAUUUUUACAAUUUUUGGUAUCGCCAUUAAUCGGAGGACUAUCUGAUGUUUACGGAAGGAAACCGAUUCUUCUAAUAUGUCUGGGAGGAAUUUGUUUUUCAUAUAUAUUGUGGGCCUUGUCGAAAACUUUCUCAAUAUUUAUACUUGCUAGAAUAAUUGGUGGAAUCAGUAAAGGAAAUGUUAGUCUGUCUAUGGCAAUCAUAGCCGAUGUAUCAUCGAUAGCAUCAAGAGGAAAAGGAAUGGCUUUGAUCGGAAUUGCAUUUUCCAUCGGUUUUAUUAUCGGUCCUGUAAUCGGUGCAUUGUUUGCCAAAUGGUCACACAGUCAACAUGGAAAUUGGUUUGUUUUUCCAGCUAUAUUUGCAUUUCUAUUAAGUUUUGCUGAUUUUUUAUUUGUUAUUUUUUACUUCAAAGAAAGUUUACCCAAGGAAAAACGUGCAAAAUCCGUUGCCAAAAGUUUAAGUCAAGCAACGGCUUAUAUAAAUUUUAAAGAUAUUUUUCAAUUUCGAGCGGUUAAAAACAUAAAUAAAAAAGAUUUGAAUUCGCUACAAAAUUUAGGAUUUAUUUAUUUCGUGUACCUUCUCGUGUACAGCGGAUUAGAAUUUACUUUGACGUUUCUCACUCAUCACACUUUUCAAUACACAUCCAUGGAACAGGGUUGGAUGUUUUUCGGUAUCGGAUUGAUUAUGGCAAUUUUACAAAGUUCAUGGGUUAGAAAAUUACCACAUGAUAAAAUAAAACCCGUGGCAACACUCGGACUUUUACUCAUAAUACCUUCAUUUGUUUUAAUCGGAUUAGCGACGACGUCGAAUUUACUCAUAUUGGGUUUAUUAUUUUUUGCUAUAUCCACCGCAAUGGUCGUUUCUUGCAUGACAACAUUAGCUUCAAAAUUUGGUCCGGAAGAUCAAAAAGGUACAAUUUUAGGAAUAUUUCGAUCGUUGGGUGCUUUAGCAAGAGCCAUCGGACCAAUUUUAGCAUCAACAGCAUUUUGGAGCGUCGGAUCAUCCGUGACUUAUUUGACAGGAGCCGUAGUAUUAAUAUGGCCGUGGUUUUCUCUCUAUAGGAGUCAAAUCUCGUGA